GCUGAGUUCCCUGGGUCGCGAUGAAUUGGGUGAUCCUCCAGAGCCUCCUCAGCGGGGUCAACAAGUACGCGACGUCGUUCGGUCGCAUCUGGCUCUCGGUGGUCUUCGUGUUCCGGGUGCUCGUGUUGCUCGUGGCGGCCGAGAAGGCGUGGGGCGACGAGCAGGGCAACUUCCGCUGCAACACGGCGCAGCCGGGCUGCCACAACGUUUGUUACGACCACUUCUUCCCCGUGGCGCACGUUCGCCUCUGGGCGCUGCAGCUCAUCUUCGUCACCUGCCCCUCGCUGCUGGUGGUGCUGCACGUGGCGUACCGCAUGGAGCGCGAGCGCAAGCACACGCUCAAGUACGGCGAGGGCUGCAGCCACUUGUACGCCGACAUGGGCAAGAAACGCGGCGGCCUGUGGUGGACCUACUUGCUGAGCCUCAUCUUCAAGAUGGCCGUGGACGCCGUCUUCAUCUUCCUCGUGUGGUACAUCUACGAGGCCAACGACUUCCCGCUGCUGGUCAAGUGCCACGAGGAUCCCUGCCCCAACGACGUGGACUGCUUCAUCGCCAGGCCCACGGAGAAGCGCAUUUUCACCGUGUUCAUGGUGGUCACCAGCAUGGUGUGCAUCCUGCUCACCCUCUGCGAGACCGUCUACCUGGUGGGCAAGCGCUGCUACGAGUGUGUGUCCAGCCGCAGGCGGAGUCGCCACCUGGUGGUGCCCACCGCGUUCACCGCCAAGGAGGACACGUCCUUCAGCGAGUCCCAAACCCUCAAGGUGUCCAACCACUACGAGUCGCCUGCGUGGAAGUAG